AUGUCGGCCCGGGACAAAAAAAAGUUGCUGGUCCGAUUGGCCGCAUGUAUGGAGACAGUCCAAGAGCUCACCGAUAAUGAUGGGUACUCACUCAACGACACAUUUCACAGGCUUCCCCUGCGCUCACUCGUGGAUUAUUUCCGAAUUGUGAAACGCCCCAUUCUGUUCCAUCAGAUAUCGAGAAACAUUCUGGGCAACAAGUAUGCCACGGGACAAGAGUUCGUCAAUGACUUGAUCCAAGUUUGCUGGAAUGCUCGUCUUUAUAACCACCGAGAUCUGCGGAUUUUCCACCAAGCCUUAGUGCUCAAGCACCACAUUUUGACCGAAGUGAUUCCAAAGUUGCAGAAUGAAAAACUGGUGCCUGAUCAUCUGAGCAUUACAUACACACUGUUCGGUGAUCUACCUGAUGGCCCCGAUGAACCCAUGGUCGAUGAAGUCUUGCUCACUCAGCCUGUGAAAAACGACGAGUUUGCCCCGGAGCCGCUGCCACUUCGCCUGGCGACAUCUACCCCCGUACCUACUGUCAACAUGCUGAUGGUCGGUCAACGUCAUCUGACUCCUAACCAUCACAAGCAAAAGGCCGUUGAGCUGGGGAUUCGUCGUGGUAGACCGCCAAUUAUUGAUAAGCCGUUUGAAAUCCGCAUCAAGCUAAUUUUGAAAGCUUUCAAAAAGUUGCGGGAUCCAAAUAACGAACUGAGACUGUUAGUCCAGCAUUUCGAAAAGUUACCUGAUGCCAAGUAUAACCCUCAAUACUACCAGGUAAUUCAAAAUCCGAUCUCGUUGAACGAAAUCAAAAUCAAAGUUCGACUGAGAAAGUACUCUAAUGUUGAUCAAUUUAUCAAUGAUUUAAACCUUAUGUUUGCAAACACCAAGCAAUUUUAUGAGCACGAUCCUUAUUCCGAGGAGUAUAUGGAUUUCGAAAAUUUUAAUCGCGAAGCUGGAAUGAUUAUCCAGCAGGAAAUUUCCAAGAGUGAGCAGGAACUCAUUUCAGCGCUGACCCUGGGGAAUGACGGGGUCAUUCGCAUUCCUUAUGAUAAAAUGGAAAUCAAUGGCUAUACUUAUAAAAUUGGGGAUUGGGUUCUCAUUCAAAACCCUAAUGAUCCAGAGAAGCCUACCGUGGGUCAAAUUUUCAGAUUGUGGAGCACCGAUGAUGGUAAUAAGUACACUAACGUUUGUUGGUAUUAUCGACCUGAACAAACUUGUCACAAGGAGGAUCGUCUUUUCUUCAUGAACGAGGUAUGCAAAACCGGACAAUAUAGAGACCACUUGGUAUCAGAAAUUGUCGGCCCUUGCUAUGUGGUUUUUUUGACAAGAUACCAGAAGGGAGAUUUGCCAGAUGGCGUCAUUCCAGAUGGUGCCCCUUGGUUUAUUUGUGAAUUCCGCUAUAACGAACUGUCACAUGUGUUCAACCGAAUCCGUACAUGGAAGGCUUGUUUACCCGAUGAAGUACGUGAUUCUUAUGAGCAACCACUUAUUCCAUUGCAUGAGCCUCGCAAGCUUAUCAAGUAUGAGUCACCUAUUCGAGCGCUUUUGCCACGCGAUUCCUAUGUGGGUAUGCCAAUCCCAGAACCCACCCAAGGGCCACUUCAAAACACACCUCCAUUAGCAGGGUCCGUGUUUUUGGAUGAAGCUGUUCCUACCGAUGAUUUGGGUCAGUAUAUUUCAUCGCCCAAUGUCACUGAAAUGCCUGAGCGCAAUGAUCCUGCCCUGGGUCGCAGAGCAUACUUGUUCACGCCUAUUUCUCAAUUGAAAGGCGGUGGUGGAGCUUCUCUGGCACACUACGUUAACAAUAACUAUAAUGGGAUGCAAGCCCUGUCGGCAGCAACUGCUGCGGCAGCAUCUAUUGGGAUUGCUCCACCGGCUUCUGUGGCACCAUUGACUAUUUCUGAUCAAAACCUCAAUUCAGAAGCGUUUGCGCAACUGGGUUUCAAGCCGUUGCAAAUUCAGAUGCAAGAUCAAUCAAAGCGAGUCAUGGAUCAACAAAUGAUGUUCCCUCAGCAACAACAACAAUUGUUCCGACGUGCGGGAGACUUUGCUACUUUACAACCUCCUCAAACGAAGACGCUGAUUUACCUGACGAACUUCCAUGGGGGUGUUGUUUCUUACGCCAUUCCCGACGUCGAUGGCAGUCUCUCAGCAGCUAGCGAGCAAGUCACCAAACGAAUUCGUUUGACUGAACAGGGCGAUGAAGAGACUGACAUAGUAUUUUUUCGCGCACCGCCGAGUGCCGUCCCUACCAAUCGAAUCGUAACCAAUAAUGGGAUUGAGUUUGGACACCUGGCGAAGUACUUGGCUUGGAAGUUGAAGCGCGCUCACGUUUGA